AUGCAUCUCGGAGACGGCCAAGAGAAGCAGGCCAAGGUCGACUCGGCCGACGGCGCCAGCUCGCAGCAUGUGGAAGACGCGGAUAUGGGCCAUCUCCAGCGGCGGCUUCAGAACCGCCAGAUCCAGCUUAUUGCCGCCGGUGGCUCCAUUGGAACCGCCCUCUUCAUCAGCAUCGGCGGCGGCCUCGCCAAGGGCGGCCCUGCCAGUCUCCUGAUCGCGUACACCUUGUACUCGAUCGUGCUGUCCCUCGUGAACAACUGCAUUGCUGAAAUGAGCACCUACAUGCCCGUGGCCGGCGGCUUUGUCCGGCUGGCUGGGUACUGGGUCGAUGAUGCUCUUGGCUUCCUGGCCGGCUGGAACUUCUUCCUCUACGAGGCCUUGCUUAUUCCGUUCGAGAUUACGGCUCUGACCUUUGUCAUUUCUUUCUGGAACGCCAAUGUCACGCAUCCUGGUCCAACAGCCGGCGUUUGCGCUGCUGUAAUUAUAUGCUACGGCCUCCUCAACGUCCUUGCCGUCCGCUUCUACGGCGAGGCUGAAUUCUGGCUCUCUGGUGGAAAGCUCAUCCUCAUCUUCAUCUUGUUCGCAUUCACCUUUGUCACCAUGUGCGGCGGCAACCCCCAGCACGACGCAUAUGGAUUUCGGCACUUCUCCAACCCAGGAGCCUUUGCCACAUAUCUCAGCAACGGCGACCUGGGUCGGUUCGAGGGCUUCCUCGCCUGUCUCUGGAGCGCCUCGUUUUGCGUCGUCGGCCCCGAGUACAUCUCCAUGGUGUCGGCAGAGGCCCAGCGCCCCAGCAUCUACAUCAAGGCCGCCUUCAAGACCGUCUACUACCGAUUCUGCAUCUUUUUUGUCCUCGGCGCCCUGGCUGUCGGGAUCGUCUGCGCCUACAACGACCCGACGCUCGUCGAAAUCUGGUUCGGGACCGGCUCGGCCGGCAGCGCGGCCGCUUCUCCCUACGUCAUUGCCAUGGAGUCGCUGGGCGUCAAGGUGCUGCCGCACAUUGUCAACUUUUUGAUCCUCACCUCCAUCUUCUCCGCCGGCAACACGUACACGUAUGCCGCCACGCGGGCGCUGUACUCGCUGGCCCUCGAGGGCCGCGCGCCCAGGUUCCUGCGCUACUGCAAUAAGAGCGGCGUCCCCAUCUGGUGCUUCUGCGUCGUCAUGUGCUUCCCGUUUCUGUCCUUCCUCCAGGUCUCCAAUGGCUCGGCCAAGGUCCUGACCUGGCUCAUCAGCAUCGUCACGGGCGGCGGCCUCAUCACCUACCUCAUCAUGUCCAUCACCUUCAUCAACUACCACAGGGCGUGCCAAGUCCAGGGCGUCAACAGAAAAGCAGAGCGGCCCUACUACGCCUACUUCCAGCCCUACUGCGCCUACAUCGCCCUGGCUGUGCAGGGUCUCGUCGUGCUCACGUACGGGUACUAUGCCUUCCGGCCCAAGUGGGACGUCGAGGUUUUCUUCCAGAGCUACUCUAUGCAGAUCCUGGCCGUGCUGCUCUUUGUCGGAUGGAAGCUGCUCAAGAAGACGCGCUACAUCCCGCCCAAGGAGGUCGACCUGGUCUGGCAGCGACCUGAAAUUGAGGCCUAUGAGAACUCCUUCACCGAGCCGCCGGUUGGCUUCUGGACAGAAAUGGUCCAGAUGGUGGGCUUCCGAAGACGCCCCAAGUCUGGAGGGGAUGUUUGA